CUGUGUCUCCUUUGUUGGUUGUGCGUCCAGUGCUGACUCUGCCUCCGGCACACACACAGACUUCGACGCCGGCCCAGCGCGCGGCGUCGGUUCAGCCUCCGGCGUGGUUUCAGCCCGGGGCAGUGGCUCUUUCUCCAAUGCCAGCUUGGACUCUGGCCGGGCUUGCGCAGCCAGUUCCAACUGUGCAAUCCGUGCCACUGCCGGAACAGCUUACCGUAAACGACCCCUCCCACCGUUCAUUUCUUCCAUUUACGCCGCCGCUGCCUCCUCUUCGUCGUCCUCCUCCUCGGAUCCUUCAUGCCAGGGCGAACGAGCGGAGGCGGCAAGUGGGGAUACGGCGAUGGUGAGGCGUCUGAUGGCGGCGGCGGAGGCGGGCGACUUGGAGCAGAUCCUGGAGUGCCUGGCGGCUGGCGUUCCCAUCGAAGCGACGGACUCCCGACGCAACACGGCACUUCAUGUAGCCGCUGGUAACGGCAGGUGGGAGGUGUUGGAGUACCUGUUGUGCGCCGGCGCCAACGUCAAUGCGCGAAACCGGUACGGCGCCACUCCACUUCAUUCAGCCGCCUGCUCGGACACCUCGGGCACGUGCACAGCGGCGCUUCUGAAUGCCGGAGCGCGGAUCAACGUCGUGGAUGCGGUCGGAUGGACGCCCCUGCACGCCGCCGCCGCCUUCACCAACGGCGCCUCGAUGCAACUCUUGCAGAGCGCGGGAGCGGACCCAGAGGCUCGGAAUACAUAUGGAUUCACCCCACUCGACCUAGCGGUCUUCAGGCGAUUCCUUGAGGACUGAGCAGUGAGCUGCCUGCACGAGCAGCCUGCACGACCGCCCCGCCUCG